GCCACGGCUCCCCCCCCCAGGCCGAGCCCGCGGCCUGCCAGGCAGCACGGCGGGGCAGGGAGGGCGGCCGCCGCGCGCGCGCUGGGGGGGGGGGCCCGCGGGGGCCAUGUCGCUGAAGCUGCAGAAGCGCCUGGCCGCCUCGGUGAAGAAGUGCGGCAAGGGCAGGAUCUGGCUCGACCCCAAUGAGGCGAGCGAGAUUUCGAUGGCGAACUCGCGCUUCAACAUCCGCAAGCUCAUCAAGGAUGGCUUGAUCAUCCGGAAGGCAGUCAAGAUGCACUCCCGAUCUCGCGUCAGGAAGAACCUCGAGGCCAAGCGCAAGGGACGCCACAUGGGCAUCGGCAAGCGCCGCGGCACCAAGGAGGCGCGCAUGCCCUCGAAGGUGCUGUGGAUGCGGCGGCAGCGCGUGCUCCGCCGCCUGCUCCGCAAGUACCGCCAGCAGAAGAAGAUCGACAAGCACCUGUACCACUACUUCUACCGCCACGCCAAGGGGAACGCGUACAAGAACAAGCGCGUGUUGGUGGAGGCCAUCCACAAGAUGAAGGCGGAGAAGAUGAAGGCGAAGGCCCUGGCCGAGCAGCAGGAGGCCCGGAAGGAGAAGGCGAAGCUCCAGAAGGCGAAGAAGGCGCAGAAGAAGGAGGCCGCGCGGUAGCCGUGGGCUCGCGGGCGAAGUUUUCGUAGGGCGCCCGCAUGCCCAGAGACGUGCAUCGCGCCGUGGCAAAGUCUGGGCGGGAGGUCUCUGGCCCAGCCUUGGGGAAGGGGACGACACGGGGCCAGCCGCCGGAACGCGGCCGCCGCUCCGCCCUCCGCGGGUGCCGCCCGAGGACCUGCUCCGCCAGGAGGGCAAGUGAGCGCCGCCGCCCGCGCCCCGUGCGGAGCUUCCCCCAGCGCGGGGUGCCCGGCGACGUCCCUCGACGGCCCAGGGAGAAACGCAUACGAGCUCGCAGGCAGCGGCAUGCGAGCACCACCUGGGCACCACCGCUCGAGGGGCUACUGGGUGUCCGAGGCCUGCUCCAACAGGCAUCGGACGUCGAAGCACAAAUCAG